UUUUGUCGUUUUGGUGGGUUUCGUAGCGCUAUCUAGUUGAGAAUGCGUAAGACCACCUGGCAACGGUGUUUUGAUUUCCCCCGCCAUUGAUCUAUUUGUAAACGUUCUUUGGAAUUUGUGUAAUAUUCUAUGGGAAUAAUUAAAGUUUCCAGGUGUGACCGUGACGUGGUUGGACAAGGUGUCAACCGGAAUUUGAUGUGCAUGGCGUGUGAUAGAUAUAUUCACAGGCAUCAAGUAGUACAAUAAUAUAACACCUCGGAUCGCUAAUAGAGGCCUUUCUUAUUAAUGAUAUACUGACACAAUUAUAAUUAACAAUGCAUUCAGUGCUAACGAGAGGAAAUGCUAUUUUGGCAUACUCGUUGAGUGUCUUAGCAGUUUUGACUUUUGUUUGCUUCAUUUCUACGGUGUUCAUUGACUAUAGAACUAAUGCAACAAUGAACACUGUUAAAGUGGUUGUGAAAAAUGUUGCAGAUUACAGUGCAUCACGUGAGAAGAACGAUCUCGGAUUUCUGACAUUUGAUCUACAAACUGAUAUCCUUUCCUUGAUAGUUUUAAGAAUUUCAUUUCUGUGCAUGUAUUGCCAUUACAAGUAUUUUAAGUAUUCUACACCUAACAACCAGCUCAAUCAGGUGGUUCUGUGGGAUAAAAUAAUUCAGCGAGGAGAAAAUGCUGUAUUAGACUUCAAGAAUAUGAACACAAAGUAUUAUUUCUGGGAUGAUGGGAAUGGUCUCAGGGGAAAUCAAAAUGUAACAUUAACAUUGUCAUGGAAUAUAAUCCCAAAUGCCGGUUUACUUCCUAGUAUAUUUGCUUUAGGAUCACAUGCAUUCCGUUUUCCAGUUGAAUACACUACAGCAAGAGUGUAGGAAAAUGCAGGUUACCUUCAGUAUGUGUUUUUACCUUUUGUAAAUAAAUGGGAUUUGUAAUCUUCAAUUUGUUUAAUAGGAAGGAUACUUAACGUGUGAUUGUGGUUAUGGUGAUUGGGUGAAAAAUUGUGCAUAAAUCAUUAUUGCCUGAUAAUGAUAGGCUUGCGCCAUAAUCAUAUGUUUCUAAAGAAAUUGUUUGUUUUGUAAGAGUGUUUGAAUUUUUAAAAAAUGUUCAUUUCAAUAAUUUGUUUUUGUAUUUUUAUUUAUUUGUACACCAUGUUUUUUUAAAUUUAAAGAGCAAUGUUAAUUUUAUUUUGAAAAUUCAAGAUAGUAUUAUUUUCUUCAAUUUGACAAGUUCAUGGGUGUAUAGUGCUUUAUAAAGCAUUUUGAAGAACAGAAAAAUGUGUGUGUAAUUGUUUGCGAAGGAACUAAUAAAGGAUAUUGUAAUCAUGAAAUUUUUAAUUGUGUAAGUAAAACAAAAAAAAUAAGUUAUCCUUUAGUCAGAAAGAAAGUAGUUUUCUAAGGAGAGAAACAAAAAAUGUGUAUAUGCCGAACUUUUGAGAGGUUUACUUUGCUCAAGAACUUGGGUAAAUGAUGCCAGAAACUUGCAUCUAGAUUUUGUAGUGUUUUGAUGCUUCUUGAAUCAUGGUGCAAAGUCUUGACUUUUAAGGUUUUUCAAGAUAUCUAUGCCAAUCUGUACGGUCUGUGGUGACAUUGGCAUUGUGCAAUUAUUUAUUCUCCCAUCUAUACUUGCCAUUUCUCCUAUUGCCAAUAAACCAAUUUAAUUCAAAUUGAUGCUGUCUUAUUAUGUGUAAUAUAUUGAAAUAAUUCUGGCUCUCAUAUACAAUAAUGGUAAAGUAUACCCAUUCCUGCCUCUUAACUCCUAAAAGCUGUUUAAAGAAUUGACAAUCUCAGUAGGUCAAUUGGUUUGGAGCAUCUGGGCAUAUUUCUGGUAGAUCCCAGCUAUGGCAGUGAAUUCAUUGUAUAGUCAAACAUCGUUUGUAAUAAUAAUAGUGAUAUAUGUUACAAGUUGCAAAGAUCUUUUAACUGUAACAUUCCUAGUUUGCAUUCUGUACAAGAAAACAUUCACACACUUGGAUUUAAUUUUUAAGAAUUCAAAGAAGUAGAGACUUAAUUGUUGCCCUAGUGAAUACACAAUUUUCAAUAUUUAUCAAAAUUACUGGGUGGAAACCUACUUAUGAGCCUUGCAAUCUGAAAUUUUGUCACGAAACAUGUUCUAUGGAUGUAAGCAAGUUAAUUAAUUUUUUAACAAAGGUGCUAAAAUUCAGAUUAAAUACAGGUACGCUUUUUAUAAAAUUUUGCAAUCCAAUUUAAAAAAGUGUGGGAGAAUUAUAUGAUAAAUUUAAGGGAAACAUGGUGCUUUUGAAGAAAAGAAAAAUUGUCUAGAUGAAAAUUGUUAAAUGCAAAAUAUCUGUGGUUAAUUUGUUUUUUAUUGUAGAAAAGAAACCUUAGGGAGCAUGAACUAGGACCUACUUUCUUCAAAUUUUGAACUAGUGCUAAGAAUGCCCAUUUUUUAUGUUAAUUUUCUUACAAAAGUCUUGGGUUUUUCAAUUUUUUGUGUGUAGGGGGUGUUUAAUCUCUGUAAAAGCAAAUCUCUUGGGGCCAUUGGCUGUACUUGUGAUAUUAUUUAUUUAAAAAUUUCCAUUACUGUUUACUUUCUCGCUCCCUCUUAUGCAAUAGAGAGAAAGUUAUGUAAUGCUGUGCGAGAAAACUACGAUUUAUUGGCAGAAAGACUCAUUGACGGGUCCUGGUUACGAAAAAAAGUGGAUAAAUCCAGUUGCUAAGUUUAGGGGGGGAAUACUGUAACACGUGAUGUAGCCACAAUCCAAGUUUUGUGGGUCCCUGAUACCGAAAAAUCAAGGGAUGGCAAAUCGUCUGUCCGACCUUCCGUCUGUGAACAAUGCUAGCAAUUAGGCAAACCCAUUCAGCUAAUUUUCUCCAAAAUUUAUAUUCC